AUGAUGAGGAAAACGUUUAUAGAUAAAAACCCAACAACAACAUACAAUCCCAAUCUACAAACAAAACCAACAAAUUAUAUUUUAGUUAUUGUAAUACAUUCGGGAGUAUUUAAUCCGUUAGAAACAGGAUUAUAUUGUGUUUGUAAGAUUGAUGACAAGAAGUACAGAUCAUUAACAAAAGUUGGAAAUAAACCUGUUUUUAAUGAACGGUGGAUAGUUUCAGUUCCAGAAAAAACGAAUAUUUUACAGAUUGAAGUAUGUAAACAUAAUAAAUUAAAUCAAAAACAUAUUCUUGGAAUUGUAAGAGUGUCAUUAAAACGGUUAGGAAUAAAUGUAGAAACAACAGAAAAAUACACUGUUUUUUCUUAUUCUUCUGUUGAAGUUGGGAAAUUAGUUAUAACAUUUAAGAGAUUGUCGAGAGAAAAUGAGAAGAAAUUGAUUAUUGGGGAAGAGUCAAAAAGGUCAAGCGAAAGGUCAAGUGAAAAGUUUUCUCUUUUAACGUCAUCAAUUGAAGAACUUAAUUUAUGUUAUAAACCACAAAAUUACUUAUCUUUGGGUCAUGUUCAUAGAAAAAAAUUUAUGCCACAACUUCCAUCGGUAAAAGAUAGAGAAACAGUUGAAGCAUGUGGAUUAUUUUCAGCAGUGUUUACAGUUACAGUAGGGGAUAUUGCAGAAGACCUUCUUCAUUUUAUGAAUAAUGAACAAGCAACAUUUAACGACAUAGAACAAGUAGGAUUAACAGGAGUUAUUACAAAUUGUUAUCCACCAAAUAAUGGAGGUAAAAUAGUUCCAUUAAAUAUUUGGAAUUUUUGUUUUGGAGAUGGGUUAAGAGUAAGUAGAACAAACAAAAAUAUAAACGUUGUACCAUUUGUUAUGACAGAUGCCAUGGCUAAUACCAAAUAUGCAUGUUUCUUAAUUGCUUAUUUUAAAAUUGAAAAAGAAAUGAUUAAAAAAAUCCAAGAAAUUAUUCCAAAAACACCUGAUGAGUUAUAUGCACCAUAUGCUGUUGGAGUAACAAGUGAUUUUCCAUUACAUACAUUUAUGAGGAAAUGGUUAAAGUCAUUAUAUGAAAUAAAUGUAGAAAAUGAUAUGAAAUUUACAGAUUAUUGUCACCAAGUAAUUUUUAUGACUGGAAAACCAUCAUUUGGAAAUUUAUAUUCAUAUGAUUUUGGACAAUUAGGAUUUAAGAUUGAAAUUCAACUCCCUUGUUUAAAUGGAUUACCACCAAUACCUACUAGUAUUCUUCCAUUAUUUGAAAUGAUUGGAAUUGAUGGAGUACUUGCUGUAUGGCUAGCAUUAUUAGAAGAAGAAAAAGUAAUAAUUACAAGUACAUCAAAAACUGCAUUAGUAUAUUCAAUAGAAAAUUUAAAAUCAUUAUUAUUUCCAUUUGAAUGGUGUAAUAUUUGUAUUGAUUCAUUACCUUAUUCGUUAAUUGAUUAUGUAAGUUCUCCAAUGACAUAUUUAAUGGGAGUGCCAUCAGAAUAUAAAGAAGAUGUAGAAAAAAUUAUUAAAAAUGAAGAAGUAGUGUAUGUUGAUUUAGACAGUGGAGUAGUAAAGUCAAAAGGAAUAAUAAGAGAAGUUCCAAAAUUGAUAAAUACAGUAUAUCAUGAACUUAAAGAUGUUUUUAAUAAAAGAGAAUAUUCAAAUGGCAAUAUUAAUUCAGAUAUAUUUGAUGAAAAAUAUUAUUUACAUAAAAGUGAAGAAUUUAAUUGUGCAGUUAGAAUUAUAUUAUUUAAAUUUAUUAAUGUUAUGUUAAAUGAAUAUAGAGAUUAUAUUGGAUAUACUUGGAUUGCAGAUAAAGAGUCUGUAGUUUUUUCUUCAGAAGAAUUUAUUUAUAAUCAACCAUCAGACAGAAGAGACUUCUUGAAAGCAUUAUUUGAAUCUCAACACUUUUCAUUCUUCCUUCAAAAUUUCCCAAAAAGACAUGACCAUAUAUUUGAAGACUGGCAAAUAAAUAAUAUUUAUUUGAUUAAUACUAAUGAACUGAUUCAAAUGUAUUCAAAAGAAUAUCAUCCUAUUACUUCAAUUAUUCAAACAUCAACAGAAAAGAGUCUUGAAGUAUCUCCAAUUAAUACAUUAGUAUUGGACUGUGGUAAACUUAAAUCAUUAAGAGUAAGAAAUACUGUGGUUAAUUCACAAUUAGAACCAAAAAUGUAUCAUAAUCAUUUAGAAGGAUUUAAAAAACAAAGAGUAAGAGAAGUUUUUAAUAAUGAUAUAAUACAAUUUAGUGAUAUUCAAAUUGGAAUAUUAGUAAUGAUGAAUGAAGGAACAACAAAGAGUCUUGACACAGAUUUGUUAUUUAAUUUUUUAUCACAAGUUGAAGGAAGAAAAAUAUUUACACAACGACUAAUGAGUAAAUACACAUCGUUUUGUAUUAACAAAAUGGAAGGUAGAAUAAAUAAUAUAGUUUAUGCUGUAAUUGGUGAUAUUCUUCGACAGGAAGCAACAUAUGCAUAUUCUCAAAAAGACUAUAUGACACCACAACAUAUUAUUGAAUCAUCGAAACUAUACUUUAAGAUUGAAGGGAAAAAAAGAAUUACCUUACUUCCAUUAUUAAGUGAACUAGAUAUUUGGAACCAAAUGGAUGUAUGGAAUAACAUGUUUACAAAACUCUGUUGUAUAGACAAAGAACUUAUAUAUAAAGAGGUGUAUGGGUUAGAUCUUCCAUCAAGAUGGAAUUUAUUUAAUAAAGAACAACAAGAUAGGUUUAGAGAUGAAGAGACACAAAGAAUCAAAAUUAGUAUGAAAUCAUUAUUAGAGACUAUGCACAUUGUUCAAGUAAGUGAUAGAACUAUCAAGAAAUUUGUUGGAUAUUCUUUAAGUCAAUUUAGAUUCGAUGAAAAAAUAAGAAAAGAAAUAGAGGAAAUUGCACUUUCUAGCUGUAAUAUUAUAACAGAGAGUAUUGAAAGUAAUAAAGAAAGAGCUUUGUCUAAAAUGAGAGAAUUGUAUAAUGCCGUUUAUCUUACUGAAGAAUAA